AUGCACAACACUGGGCAACUACAUCCAGUCGGCCAGCGCCCCCGAAAGCCGGAAAUCAACAUAAGGAAGGAGAAGCAGAGGAAGAGGAGGGGCAAAAGGGACACGGGGAGGAGGCACGCGGAGGCGAGUGAGCAGCGGCUGCGAGCCAGGGAGCUCGCAAAGGAAGACAUGGCCGCCGCGCGAAUUACAAGCACGGGCUGGAUCUCAGCCCGUGGACCCGUCGCGCAGCGCGCGGCGGAGAGCGGCCGAAAUCCCUGGAUACUGAACAGAUGCAGUGCGUCAGUUCCCGAACUGACCAUCCUAGGAUAA